AUGGCAGGCGGUGGUGGCUUGUCCUCUUUUGCGCUGGGCGACCUCACUCGGAGCUUGCAGAUUGACGGCGGCGAGUUACCGUCUUCUUCCAACAACAAUUAUACCAAUCCAUCGCCGGCUUCCCUGUCGCACCAACCCCAGCAGCACUCGGAGUGGUACCGACUUCAUCCGCCUUCAGGCUUGAAAUCGUCCCUUCCUGCCACCAAGAUCAAGCAGGAGCCCCUCGGUGAUGGCGGCGGCGAGGACGACGAUGCUCCCGACUCGAAGAAGCGCAAGCGCAACAAGCCCACCCUCAGCUGCAAGGAAUGCGUGGACAAGAAGAUGAAGGCAAGUCUGUGUUCCUUUUCUAGUCUACCUCUCUCUUGGCUUUUCAUCACGGUGGAUGUCGAGCUGCUGCGAUCGGGGUCGGCCGCAGAUGGAUCUCCAGCCUCCUCAAACGGGUCCAAACCGGCCCUGUUCACGCAUAAAGGAGGCACUGAUCUUCUCCUCAGCCAUGCUCCAUAUUCUGAAACAAGGGUCAGCAGUAUAUUCGGCAUUGGUGCAGAAUACCCCUUUAGCAACUACUGGACUCAGAACGGCGGUGUGUCUGAAGUGCUGAACUGUUUUCCGAACAAAAAGCAAGCCGAUAUUCUCGUGGACAUCUUUUUCGAAGCCGUCGACCCCGUCUACCCAAUGAUUAGCCGAGAGAGAUUUUAUAUAGACUACGAGGGCUUCUGGGAAUUGAACGACUCGAAAAGAUUAGAAGUGGAUAUUGAUUUUAUUGCACUUGUCUUUAUGAUACUUGCGAUGGGAACUCAGUUUCUCCAGGGCCCUGAUCCAACGGGCCAAGUCAAAGACGCUGCCGAAUUUUACUCGAGUGCUUGCUACCAGAGUCUUCGGCUAUUCUCAUAUCUGAAUCGCACAUCAGUCAGAUGCCUUCAAUCUAUGGUCUUCAUGACCUAUUUUUUAUUGAAUUCGGGGCGAGCCUCUGAUGGCUGGGCUUUUUCCGGAACCCUCAUCCGACAAGCCUAUGCCGGUGGGAUAAACCGCGAACCGAUGCUAAUCAGCCCCAAAUUCACCAAAUUCGAGCGCUUAGAGCGUCGGCGGUUAUGGCAUGGAAUUGUUUGCCAAGACAGUUUCAUGAGCAUGAGCCUCCGGCUACCACCGACGGCGAUUCACUUUGAUGUCGAUAACGCCGUUCCAAUGCUAGAUAAUGACGAGACUUUCUAUACAGACGCAAACCUCGAAUCUGCUAGUGAAGACCUUUGUCAUGACCCUUCUCAUUCAGAUAUCGGCUAUGUUCAAAGCAUGUACUCGCUUGCGCUGCUUGCUCAAGAAACCAUAUCAACACCACGGUCAUUGUCUCUGCCCAUGGCGUCUACUCCGCGACAAAGAAAUAUGCUCCUGGCACGUUUUCGGGCAUGCUAUCGCUCCUUUCCAGAUGCAUUUCGCGCCUGGGACGAGGAUUGCAUUGCGGAAAAGGCUCGGCAAGGGAAGAAACGUCUUAUCCGGCAAAUCAUGUUUCUCACAGGACUCUAUUGGCACUGCAUGACACUAAUUCACAGCGAGGGACUGGAAGACUUCUCUUUCACACCACCACCAUCAUCAUCAUCAACAUCUGAAGUUGAGAAGAGUCCAGCAGGUAACGUCGACGUUUGGAUACGCGGGACUUUGGACGCUGCGUAUCAGUCAAUGCGAGCCUUUUUUGUGAUCCAUGCUGUCCUUGGCGGGGAGAGCAGUGUCUGGUGGGCUUUUUGCCAUCGGGCAUUUUCAGUCUCGGUACUUUCUACUCCUGUUUCUUUUGGAACCGCCAGAUAUGUACUGAUACUUGAUCUGCAGAUCACCGUAGCAGACCUGCUGAAAAAGCACGAUGUUGCUCGGAGCAGAAGCAACUCGGAUACGACUAGUAUCUCGAGUUCUUCGAAGAGUCCGAAUCAGAAUAGGCGCGGUUCGGUUCCGGAUUGUUGGGGACGGGCGCGGGACGAUGUGCACCGUAUGCUUGAUCUCCUUAAGGUGCGGGCACAAACAGGUGAUCAAUCAGCCAAAACUCGCGUCGAGGUUCUGAGCAACUAUCUUUGA